CCCUCUUCUCGAUACAGAGAGAGAGCCUAUGUGCGGUGGUGGUGCUAUCGCGCGUUUCCCGAUAUCGUUCGGCAACAGAUAAUAAACGGGCGAGAUCGACGCUGUUCCACUGAAGGGGGCUGGUUCCUCUGGCUGGUUGGCCGAUUCAUCAUGUUCGCGAAGUCCAGGGGCAGCAGCACGGCGCCGUGCGACUUGCUUCCCGAUCCAAUACGCAACACGUACGAGAUCGGCAAGCAGUCCGCCACGGCCGGGCCGGAAAACGUCUGGCGCAUAUACGACGGCUAUCGGAAAAAGGACAGGAUGGAGGUCUCGAUAUUCCUGUUCGACAAGCGAUCCGUGGAGAAGCUGCAUAAGCCGAAACGGCGAGAAACGGUCACGGAUAUUUUGCGUGCGGGCGCCGCUCAGAUGGAACGGUACUCGCAUCCGAAGCUUCUUCAGGCGUACAAAGUGGAGGAGUGCGCGGAUACGUUGGCCUUCGCCUCGGAGCCGGUCCUCGCCAGCCUGGCAAACGUCCUGGCGUACAAGGAACAAUUGGCGAAUACCCCCGCGGCGCAAUCCUCGGGACCGAUGGGCAAACAGAAUCACCCGGCGAUCACGAGCCAUCAUCGCUCGACGUUCAUCAAGGAGUACGAGCUGCACGAGCUGGAGAUCAAGUACGGAUUGUUGCAGAUCACAGAAGCCCUAUUAUUUCUUCAUGGCAACUGUAAAUUUCUCCAUAGAAAUGUUUGCCCGACGAGCAUUAUUAUUACGAAAAGGGGCACGUGGAAGUUGUCGGGGUUCGAGUUUAUCGAGGGAGCCAAAGAGAUACCGAUAACGGUGCAAUCGUGGACGAAGCACAUGCCGAAAAUGACUCAACCGAAUCUUGAUUAUAUAGCGCCGGAAGUGCAGCAGAAAAAGCUCGCGAGCUUCUCCAGCGAUAUGUACAGCCUGGGCAUGACGAUAUGCGCGAUUUACAAUCACGGCCGUCCGCUAAUACAGGCGAACCACAGCUGCUCGGAUUAUCUCAAGCAACUCGAGACUCUUGACGAUCAAGUCGCCGUUAUUUUGCCGCUGAUACCGAUUCCGCUUCGGGAGGCCGUGACGCGACUCUUGCACAAGGACCCGAAGCAGAGGCCGACCGCGCAGGUUUUAACCAUGAUCAAGUUCUUUCAAGACCCGUUUGUGCAUGCCCUACAAUUUCUCGACGUCAGCAAGAUGAAAGAUGUGCAUCAGAAGGAGCACUUUUACACGACGACUUUGAGAGAACUGUUGCCGUAUAUGCCGAGGAAACUCUGGUAUCAGCAUAUCUGGACGUAUCUCCACGCGGAGCUGCAGACGCAGGAAGUGCUGUCGGCCGUGCUACAGCCCAUGCUGUACAUCGUUCAGAACAGCACCAAGGAGGAGUACGAGCGGAUCGUGUUUCCCACGCUUAAGUACGUAUUACACAGAACGAGGGCGGAAAUGAGCGCGAGACCGCGCGAAAUAGGCACGUCUCAUCUCACUCUCUCUCUCUUCCGUUUCUCUCUCGCCUCCCUCCCCCGCAGACCUCUCUUCACCAAUCGAAAGUCAAUUCAGGGAACCGUGACUCUGCUGGAAAAUCUGCACAUCAUCCUGGAGAAGACGCCCCAGGAAUAUGAGCGCGAGGUGCUCUCGAUGCUCUACAUGUCCUUCGAGAAUUCGACCAUUCAAGUGCGGACGGCCGCGUUCGUGGCCGUGGCGCAUGUAACGAACUAUCUCGAAGACGACGCCAUACGCAACGUGGUGCUGCCGAAGCUUCUGGACGCCUUCGAGAACAACUCGGCGAACGCGCGGGUGCUGAUGGACGUGGUGCCGUGCAUCCUGUGCCGCCUCGAGAAGCAGAAGAUCAUCGACUGCAUCCUACCGCUGCUCUGUAAAGUCAAGCUGCAAGAACCCGAGAUCGUCGUGCGGGUUGUAAACAUUUACAGGCUAAUGCUGACUGACAAGAAAUAUGGAUUAUCGGUUAACUGGAUGGCCACGCAUGCAAUGCCUUCGCUGCUACCACAAACCGUGAAUCCGAAACUGAAUCUCGAACAAUUCAUACUACUCCUCGAGGUGCUGAUGGACAUGUUAAACAAUAUCGAAAGAAAUCAAAGGAACAAGCUGACGCUCGACAAUCUCUCUCUACCGAGCCCCGACAAGUCUCGUCCUCUGCGGCAUCAAUACAGCACCGACAACGUGCACGUGCCGGCGUUCAACAUCCCGAAUUUGCGUAUCGAGCAACGCAAGACCUCGUCGGCCGAGGACAUGGCCAGGAAGAACAGCAUCGGGUCUAUAUCGACGGCAUCCGCGGAAAAUAUGGCGCGGAAAAGUUCAAUGGCUGCGGUGUUCGGCGGAUGGUUCACCUCGUCCUCGGCCAACGAUAGUAAUUUCCUGCGUGUCGCCAACACAUUCACGAGCAGACGACUGUCGGACAACACCCUGAUGACACCGAAGAUACGGAUAGCGCCGUCUUGCGCGAGCUCGCCAGGUGGGACGCCCGGCAGCGGCGGCGGCGGCGGCCUGCCGAUCCGCCGACACUCCAGCACCGGUCCCCAGGAACGACGCGGAUCCAAUAUUAAUUUAUCCCCGCCCACGGGGAGUGGGAUGCCGAUCACGAGUAGCAGCGUGCCGUAUCUGCUCAGUUCGAGCCUGAACAGUAUUCGCGGCUCGAGACGGCCGUCCGUGUCCUCGACGUCGUCGCAGCAAGGAAUCGGGCUACUGCAGCAGGUUGGCUCCAGCAUGGUAAGACAACUACCCCCCAUCUGCCUGAACCUGAACGGACCACCACCACCACCAACACUCUCUCCAUCACUCCAGCUACCGGGACAGCAUUCCCACUGACCCUCCGUUACAGUUAUCAGUUCUUCAAUAGGCAACCCGAAGCGUGAAGUGCCAACGAUCGUCGCUGAACGAAGCUCGGACAAGAUUGCGACGGUUGUGGAGUCUCUGACUAGUGCGCAACAAUCUCCUUGCACGCUCGGUCAAUCGUAAAGGGAAGAGGAGGAAGAAGAGGAGGCGGAAAAGGAGGAGGAAGAGGAGGUGGCGAUGAAUCGCGCGGAGGAGCUCUCGUCCAAAAAUACGCUCGGCGAACGAGAUGCUGCGCCGAUUCACCCUUAAUUAGCCUCGGGAUUUCGAGUAAGACGCGAGGAUCGCUCUCCGAGGAUCGGCGACCCGAGGAUCUACCCCUUCCGUAGAUCGCGUGUCGCGGGGAAAUGGAAAGCGGCUCGUCACUGUAGAUUCUUCUAAAAUCGGAUGCGGAGCGAGCGAGUGAGCGCUGGUCCGAAUACCGGCUUAACGCAUGUACAAUCUGACCUAAUACGUAUAUAUGUACGUAUAUAUACAUAUAUAUAUAUAUAUAUAUA